AUGCUCGCCAGGCCCGUGCUCACCAAGCCCACGUGUUCUCCCAAGUCUGAUCCCGUCCGCGUGUCUGCCUCGUGCACGAGAACCUCGGCUCCAGUGCGCGUGCCUGUCGCAGUGCACCCUGCGUUGUACGCCCACGUGCAUCGUGCGCUUCCACCUCGCGCGCCUCUCGCUUCAGCGUGCUUGGUCGCCACGUUCGUGCGCCCUGUGCGCCUAUGCCUCAGUAUUCUGUGCGCAUGCCUUUGCGCUCGUGCCUCUCAUGCGUACUUGCUUCUUUAUGCGAGACUCUCAAUGUUCGCCCCGAGUUUUGCCCAGACUUCCCUGUCGCCGUGCGGGGUUCUCGGGUCUCAUUUGCGUGUGUUUGCGCCCUUGUUUUCGGGUUGCCUUGUGCGCAUUCUCGCAUUGUCGUGCUGCCAUUGCGGCACGCUAAUCGCGCGCUACUCCUCAUCGUCUGAGGUAUUGCGUGCAUCGGCUCCCCACGCAUCGCCCAUCGCAUCCGCCGCGUGGUCCCUCAUCGCACCCGGCGCGUGUUCGCUCCAUCGCGCCUCGCCAUACCCGCGAGUGGUCAACACGCUUGCCUCCAUCCGCCUGCUUGAUCGCCACUCACUUCUCUCGCCAAGGCCCAUCCUCGCGGGUCCGUUCCAGCGUAAGUUAUUCCGCGCAUAUCUCUCGAACCUCUCACCAUGUACUCUACGUGGCCGUGGAGUCAUGCUUUUCCCAACUUUAGUUCUCUCCUUCACGGCGAGUUCGUCGGGUCAAUCGGUUGUCGGUCCUGGAGCGUGGUUGAGGUCCUCGACGAAGGUUGUCACCUUCGUUAUGGCCGUAGCUAGCACCAGCGAAAAUGUAUACCAUGGGGUCAUACGAUUUUUGAGAUCCGGGUUGAGGCUUGAUUCUUUUUGCUUGGGGUCAUCUUCAGUUGUCGAUUUCGCUGAGGAGGUUAGAAACUCUGUACAGAUUGCAAGACCUAUAGGGUUGGACGAACAGUUCUAUGACGAUCUUUUCACAUUCAUCCUCUUCUUUCACUGGAACUUCUUGUCGCUGCUCUAUGGGGAUCGUCUCAGGUUGAGUAGUCUUCGGGUCUGCAGGUCGCGCGAGGUCGUUGCGUGCAUGCGUCGCUCGUCCUCACUGCGGGUCGCAGUUUCUUUCGUGUACACUAGGGUUGUUGCAUUGCAUGCCUCGAUUCUGUGCGCAGGGCUGGUGCAUUGCGCGGCUAGUCCACACGUGCGGCGCCCUGCGUUCGGCUGCGUCUCACUGUGGUCGCCGGGGUUGCACGAGGUCGUGCGGUG